AUGGCGGUUGGGCAAAAAGCAGAUGGACCUGAACAUCUGAGAGUAUGUGCCCGUCGAGUGUUUGUAAUUAUGCCUGAGGGAACACCACCGGAAGAAAUCCAGUUUCCUGGAGGCGUCGAGGGAGCCACGGCGGAGGAUCUGGAGGACAAGCUCCUCGGAGAGGGGGAUCGAGUCGCCAUCUCUGUCCAGAGUGUGAAUUCCUCCGGGCUUGGACAGGCGACUAGCAAGAGGUCGCCGAGUGAGCUCGCCGGAGAUUUUGCGGCAGUUGUGAACCUAUAUUCCGAGCAGAAAGGUAAAGAGUUGCUGGAGUCCUUACGCAACCUGAGAUACAGGCUCUGUUCCACUAGCUGCUUCAAUCCUUCGGAGAAAAAAAGGCAACUAAAAAUUAAAUUGCACGAGAACCAAAAGCAUGCGAUAAUUAUUUACACCAAGACACUUCUGCAGCAGCCGCAGAACGUUCAAGCUGCAAAGCAGUCUUUGCCAGAGAUAAGGCCUACAGCAUUUGCAGUGUGCACAAAAAAGCAAGCACAAACUUCAAAUGCAGAAAUUCAAGGAAAAUUGACGUGCACACCAAUAUCCCAGUGGCAAGCAACAAGAGCAGACUUGACUUCCUUGAUUGGCGCACUUGUCCUCUCCCUCAGCUGUUUAAUGAGAUUCAUUUGUUCGGAUGCAGAGAUUUGA